UACGAGGCAGCGUGGCAAUAUUCCAGCUCCAAUGCUCAGGAUAACAAACCAAUAUUCCACAAGUACACACCGAGCUCCAGCUCCCCAGCCCAGAAUCCCGUACCACCAGAUUACCCGGCGUUCGCUCCCACCCUCUACUUUGUUGACUUGACGGCAAGUGACAUAAACUUCAGCAACAAGUCACUUACGAUCACCGAGAAUAAAGUGGAAAAGAGCAUGAUGUAUAUCAGCACUGCCAAGGACGGCCUGAUAAUGCUAAGCUUUAGGACGGCAAAUCCUGUUUUCAAUUUUCUGAAGACCCAGGAGAGACCGGCCCUGAACUACCGAAAUAAUAAAUUUUCACAAGUCUGCGGAAAAGAAUAUCUUAAACAGGCGCUAAUACCCGGGACAGGAAUACCAAUGCGAAUCAGAAAGUGGUAUAUUACGGAACCACCCCCAAUGCCACUGAUUUAUGAUCCAGCAAAACUAGCAAAAGGUCGGGAUACGAGUUUGGAUGGAGAAAUUAUUAUAGACAAGGACGACGUGUCUUUCAUACUGCCCGUUCUAGGUCCACUCGAAGUUGCUUUUGCAUUCAAACAGGCCGCAAAUACCUCAGAGGAGCAAAAGGCCUUUAGUAAUCGGGCUUCCAUCUUGACUCAUCUGGGUAAGGACAUUUGCCGAAUAAAUUUUGACAUAACGGAAGCGAGAUUUGCCAACGUGAAAAUGAAGCUGUCCAGAGCAACCCAGUGCCAUGACAGCAUGGCAUUUUUCAAAAAUAAGAGCGUCUUUAACAACGAGGUCUACGUCCCCAUUCCCAUGAGCACAUACGAUUACGAGGAUCCAAUGAUAGAGUUGCGAAAGGAAAACAGAAAGCGAAGAGAUGCUGGUCUGGAGCCCACCUGGAUGGAAGAAACGCGAAAUAAGCGGAAAGAGAUGUUUGAAAGCUCGGAUGAGUUAAAGACAUAUGGAGCUACCAACUCCUCUCUGCUUGAAAUUGAACGGUCAGGCGUUAUGCUAAAAAUGAGAACUGGUGUAAUGCAUGGGUAUAUACUAGAGGGCGAAGACUUAUACGACGAGUUUGUUGAAUAUCAAAUCCAUGGCGAAGAGGAGAACGCAGACUAG